CGCCAGUAUGUAGAGCCGCCGGAACCGUUAUCUGUUUGUAGUUGGUUCUAGUUAUUAGUCCUAUUCUAGAUCCGAUCUAGGGCUUCCUGCAUACUACCUCCCUCUACAACACCACAUGGUAUUGACCAUUUUCAUUCCCCAUUACAUUAUGUACUCUUAUGAGCUUCCAAAUACGACUUGAUGACGAUCGUCUGGUAGCUCAUGAAACUAGCCGGCGAGAGUGCGGACAUUGGCAUCAUAACGUACCGUGGGCCAACAUACAUAACCCUUACCUACAAGCCGAUUACGUAGAUAACCUCCCGUGCUUCGUUCGACCAAUCUAUUCCAAGAGUGACACACCAUCCUACUGUUUCUAGGUAUCACACUGCAUUAGGUUGUACUAGAAGGUAGUCCUCGUCGUUCAUGUUUGCCAAUAUUGGCAACUACUCCUCCCUAGCUUUGAGUUGGCGUUGUACCAACCUGCUAGGUAUCAUCUUUUAGCCGAGUCUUAGACUAUAUUCCCGAGUUACCGGAACGCCAACAUCGGCUCUCACUUAUAAGGAGAGAGGAGCCGUGAGGAAAGUAAUAUGUCUGUUCAACAAAUACCAGCUGUUCUCCUCUAAAAAUCCUCUAAAAGACAAGAACAAGAUAGACAAGAUGAAGGUCCAAACAAAGACACAGUUAUUGCGCCUCCUGGAGCGAUUGCAGUACAAGUUAUUAUCUGUAUUUCCUCGAACUCCCCUCCCGCAAACUACCAAGCCUAAUGCCCAUUCGGACCUUCGCGACGAAGCUUUGACCUUAGCUACUCAGCUAGAUGGAAAGACCUUCCACCUCCCUGACCUAUGGAAACUCUUCUCAGAAUGGCCGCUCGCUGCCAACCCACACGCAGAGAGGCUCGAGGGCCUCGUGAACUCGAUGCUCGAACGCAUCAUCACUAACGAGAAGAAGUUGAAAGCCUUAAAGAAGGCGGACUUUGGUCGCCUCAUGUCCCUUUGGUAUCCUGACGCGGAAUGGCCCGAGCUUGAGAUAGCCACCGCCUAUUCAGUCUGGAUUUUCGUGUGGGACGACGAGGUCGAUGCCGGAGAUACUGACGUGUCUAACGACGAGGAGCUCGCUCGAGCCUACUACCAGAAAUCUCUCAGCACAGUCCACUGCCUCCUGGGCCUCGACGAAAGCGAAGGAGCUCCGGAGAUAAUCACCAAGGAAGAGGAGUCUUUACACCCCAACAUGGCUUUAUUUGCCGAUGUUGGUCGGGGUCUGCGCAACUCAACGGACAGAAUACAACGAGAAAGAUUCUACCGCGAGUUGGAAAACUUCAUGAUCAGUGUGGGUGUGGAACAUGGACACCGAAUGCGAGGCUCUAUCCCUACUGUGGAAAAGUACCUCGAUAUUCGAUCCGGGUCUGUCGGCUGUGCUCCUCAGAUUGCACUUACAGAUCACAUGCUUAAAGUAAGACUUCCCGAGUCUAUCAUGGAGUGUGCCCCUAUGAAGGAGCUCUGGAAGGAGACGGUUGUUAUGUGUCUUAUUCUCAACGACAUAUACUCGGUACAAAAAGAAAUAGCACAAUCGUCGCUGUUCAACCUCGUACCAGUGAUGUACAAAAACUGCAGCCCCGAAAAGCAGACUCUAGACACAGUAACCAGCGGGAUUGAAGCGGCUCUGCGGGAAUCCAUGAGGGGAUUCGAAGAGGCCGCAAAGGCCCUUGUUGAGAUGGCGUCAGAUAACGCCGAAGUAAGCAGGGACGUGCAGGCCUUUAUCAAAUGGUGUCGAUAUUUCAUCACAGGGGUGCUACAAUGGAGUCUAGAGUCGAAACGGUACGGGAUGGCAGACUGCUUGCAUAAAGACGGCUCGCUUAGCAUAGUGCUUUGAGCAAGUCUGCAUAAGUUUUAUAUACAGUACAGUACAAACGUAACGCAUCUCAUUUGUACGGAUUAGAUAUUCCAUGCAUAUACCCCUAUAUAGGAGUUCUACUAUAGGCUAUAGGUCACAUACAUACAUACACUAGGCAGACUGCGAGGUACCUUAGCUCUACCUAAUACACUACAAAUACCCCAUAACAAGCUGACGGAUGGCUCGGAUACAACGGAUACAACAACGGGUAAAGCUUUUAGUUAUGUGCAUUCCUCGCGUGCUUCGACGGAGCGCUGGGACCUUCUGCAUUUCGCAUGUGGGCACGACAACCCACUUCGACUGGUUAUCAGCUGAGCGUUGGCAUCCCAGGGAUCCAGGCCAGGAUGUUAGCACCUUUUUUACACGUAGGAUUCCUUGUCUGCAUGCGUAAGCCACGCGUAUGUAGCUGCUGUUGCAGUAGCAGGGGCACCUUUCCUGAACUUCGGGUCGAUAUCACGCGGCUCAUCCCGGAUGUUGGAUAGUUCCCAAGCGAAUCCGCGCAUUCGGACAUAAGGAGAAAUUAAGAUUUGAUGUACAUAUGUAGUAACU